GUGUUCAUUUUGGGCGCGCCGAACAUUCUUUUCAGAAAUAGUUAAAAUUCUUUCCGAAAACAAAAGCAGAAGAUAUAAUUCUGUAAUUCUUACACCACGAAAUGGUUAUUUUUUGUUUUUUGUUUUUAGAUAUAGCAUAAUAUUAUUUGUAACAGAAUAUAUUGGAGUUCAAUAUGGCGGAAAAUUCUCGCGAUCAGAAUGACAGAGUGUCAAAUGCAGACCCUGAGCAAAUGGCUUCAGAUGCUGAGGGUGUUUGGAGCCCAGACAUAGAACAAAGUUUUCAAGAAGCUUUAGCUAUCUAUCCCCCCUGUGGUAGACGAAAAAUUAUCCUUUCUGAUGAGGGAAAAAUGUAUGGACGAAAUGAACUGAUUGCUCGAUACAUCAAGCUUCGAACUGGAAAAACCAGAAGCAGAAAACAGGUUUCAAGUCAUAUCCAAGUUCUUGCAAGGAGAAAGGAUUCACAUUCUAAAGACAAAGCACUACAAGUUAUGGCGUCAAUGUCUCCAGGGCAAAUUGUCCCUCCAAAUGCAUUACAUGCCAAACUACAUGGAGUUGACCCUAUAGCCGUAAAACGUGAACUUAAUAUCAGUCCAGGUUACUGGCCAUCUGGUGGGAUGCCACAAGGUGGAGUACCACCACCGCCUGUUGCAUACCCUUACACAACUGCUGGAGCAUAUUAUGCAAGUGCUAUAACUCAUGCUACUGCUAUAUCUCAAGGAGCAUUAAUGAGACCAACAUCAACUCUGACAUCCCCUACUAACCCAACGUCACCUGGACACCAUCUGCCACCUUCUUUACCACACAGUGGAACAUUGCCUCAUCCUACGCAUAGCCCAACUUGGCAAUCGAGGCAGGCUCCUGUUCAGAUGCCAUUGAAGCUGAUAGACUUUUCUGCUUACAUCGAACAGCAAAGACUUGACCAACCAGAUGCAUACCACAAACAUUUGUUUGUACACCUUGGCCCACAUAGGACAUUUGAAGAGCCUGGAAUUGAAGCUAUCGAUAUUAGACAAAUAUAUGACAAAUUUCCGGAGAAGAAAGGUGGUUUAAAGGAAUUAUAUGAGAAAGGGCCUCCACAAUUAUUCUUCUUGGUGAAAUUUUGGGCUGACUUGAAUACUAAUAUUUCUGAUGAUGGUGGAACAUUUUACGGAGUGUCGAGCACUUAUGAGUCUUCAGAAAAUAUGACUAUCACAUGCUCAACAAAAGUAUGCUCGUUUGGAAAGCAAGUCGUCGAAAAAGUCGAAACGGAAUAUCCUCGAUACGAAAACGGCCGUUUUGUAUAUCGAAUACACCGGUCGCCAAUGUGUGAAUACAUGAUUAAUUUUAUACACAAAUUAAAACAUUUGCCAGAAAAGUUCAUGAUGAACUCUGUGUUGGAGAACUUCACUAUACUACAGGUUGUGAGCAACCGUGACACGCAAGAAACGUUGCUAUGUUUAGCUUUUGUUUUCGAAGUCUCAUCCAGCGAGCAUGGCGCUCAGCAUCAUAUAUACAAACUUGUCAAAGACUGAACACUUUUCAACGAAAUAUUACCCAAUCAAAAAAGAGAAAAUUUGAAGCAUAUCUUCACUGGAAUCACUCAUGCAGAAAUGUAAAGUUGUUGGAACGUUCGACCAUCUUUUCACGAGUGCACACGAUUUUGGUCUUUAUCAUAUAUUUUUUUCGUUUCCAAAAAUAAGUCAUUUUAAUCAAUGUACGUUGGUACGUUGGAUGGACAAUAAAUAAAUAAAUGUAUAAUUUGUAGGGAAAUUAUUUUUCUACCAUGUUGAUCGCCUUUUACGCAUACUUCUAUUUUUGAGAUCUUAUAUACUUUUCAUGUAAAUAUUAGAAGAUUAUAUAUAAUAUCACUCUUUCUAAAAGAGAACUUGUACCUGUAGGUUUUAGCUGUUUAGUUUUUAUAGAAAGCAAUGUGUAUUUUUUCCGUGGUCGCACUUUCAUUAAAAGACUAUUUUGAUCUUCUGUUAGUAUGAUUUAUAAAAAAACACGAUAUGUUCGAACACAAAAUUUAAAGAGUUACUAAGAAAAGUAAAGCUUUUAUUUUGUCAGGUAAAUGUAGGAUAGUUUGACAAAGUCAGGGUGGCCACGACUCCUGGAAACUCCAGUAACUAAAAUACACUCCUGGGAAAUAGUUUUUCAAAAGUUUUGUAACCUACUCCUUCUGAUAUUGUCAAAUUAUUCCUGGAGCGCUCCUGGAAGUUACCUUUUAAGAAUAAGUGGCCACCUUGUUGAUCUAACAACGCCUGAUUAUUUAGGGGACAAAAGGUCUCAUUUUUUUUAACACCAGGAAUUGUGAUCAGAUAAAAUAUUAUAUGAACUGCACGUGAGAUAAGUUUAUAAAAUAUCAAAUGAUUUGUAGUGCUCCAUUCACAUCUUAUUAUUGUUUGUAUAUGUUGUUUUUAUUAUACUUAGUGUUUUAACUAAGAGCAUUUUAACAUAAAGAA